AUUUUUAAACGCAGCUUGUGUUAAACGUAAAGGCAGUGACGGCACCGUGCUAUUAUUUAUGCAUUAUUAUUUGAAUCUUAAUGGAUGUACAUGUUUAAAAAUGUACCGUAGAGCUGAUUAAAUAAGCUGUUGUGGGAAACUCUGAAAGCCUUUUUUUCCGCUCUUGGGUGUAACACAUUUUUUCACUAUAAGACGCAUCAUGACGCAGACGGAGGUCAAAAGUAUGAGAUAAAAAAAAAAAUGACAAAAAAACACCUCCUUUUCGUUUAGUUUCGGUUUUGUCUUCGGGGUUUUUCAGCGGUGACGUGAUGGCCAGGUUCGGCUCAGGUUUCCUCGUCCGUCCAGUGGCUCCAGCCUCCGUCGGUCAUUGUUACGUGACUGUCAGCGAUCAUUGGAGCAUGUGUUGAACUUUACACUCCUAUAUUUGUUGUUGUUGUUUCGUGAUUGCGGAAGAGCGACGACUGGAAACGAAACUUUGAAGACGGCGCAGGGAGCGAUCGACCUCACUAUGUUUGACUCUUGCCCUCUUGCCCGAAUUUAAGACGACGGGAUGAACGGUGAAAGAAGUGAUGGAGGUGGCGGUGGAGAUCCGGAGGUGGAGGAUGAGUUCGCGUGUGCCGGGAUGCUGCGUGGAUCUCUGACCUCCCUGCACAGCAGCGUGGAGCGCAUAUUCAGGGUGACAUUCGCGAUCGGGGCGGACGACUUGCCUCACGGCAACAACGGACAGAUAUGGCUGAAACUUCGAGGCCCGAGCACCAACGUGAAAGCUGCAAAAUUAUUUGUGAAAGGAGUUGUGAACCAGGAGGAGCAGCAGGAGGUUUCAUACCCCGGGGUCCUUCACUGCAUCUUUUGUGGAGCCAGAGGACUGUUCAUGGACAGCCUGAUUAAAAACACCUCAGCACACAUAAUGGUUGGCUCUCCAGGGAUGCUGCUCAUAUCAGGUCUGACGGAGCCGGUGGUGCGAGCCUACUCCCUUAUUGCAGACCUCGUGCAGAGGUAUGAGGGCACGCAGUCCAGACGCCCUGAGACUGUGGACAGAAGCUCGGGGGAAUCCCUGGUUUCACGCAGGGCCUUCAAAACUUUGGUGGAGAAGCUGGAGGACCGACACACCCUUGAUCUUCUUGUACUUCCGGGGUCAGUGAAGGAAAUCUUGCUGGAUUUGGUGAAAGAAUCAGGGCUUGGAUCGAGCUCAAACAUGGAUUUGACAGAUGGAAUUACAGGGGAAAGAUCACAUGGGGAACUGGGGGCCAGAUGGGAAAACACAAAAGCCACUAAGCAAACACUCCCUGAUCCUUUUAGCACUACUGAUCAAUGGGGUGAAGGAUUGGCUGCAGGUCUGGAUAAAGAAUCUGCAGCCAGGGACUCCUAUUUUUCCGCCACUGCAGGGACCCGAGAGAGGCCAGAGGGUGCUGAGGAGAGAAUCAUGCAUUCUCCACAAGAGUUAGGAGAAGAGGAGCAGCUGGAGCACACGCCAACGUUAGUCACCAAGGUGAAAGCAGGACUACACAAAGAUCAGGAAGAGGAGAUGCAUUUGCCAACAGGAAACAAAGAGUUUUGGCUACUUUUGAAGUUCUUCACAGCCAUGGGUUACACGGAGGACGUUGUGAAACGUGUCCUUGCCCAAACAGGACUUCAGGAAGCAUCACAGAUUCUGGACUUGGUUCAGCAGGAGCAGGAUCGCAGUGACCGAGCGAAGCAGGAACUGUGUGGUGCCACGGACCCAAGAAGUCAAGCCUCUGUGAAUCAGAGUGAAAGGAACCGACCCUGUGAGACAGAGCACAGAGUGGAUGAGGAAACAGCUUCUGAAGGAGAUAAGGUCAUGAGUAGUGAUGGUGCAAUGGGAGGAGUUGGAGAGAGAGACAAGGAUGUGCAAGGAAAAAUGAGACACUUCGAGGGAGAAGGCCGUGACGACAUAGCGGAGCUAGGGCUAGAGGAAGACUUUGUCCUGGGAGUGGUGAAGAAAGCAGCAGCUAGCUGUGGUUACACUGAACAGGAUGUAGCCAAAGUCUACAACAUGUUGCCUGACCGAUCCACUCACCAGCUGCUGCUGGAGCUGCAGAGAGAGGGAGGCAGAGAGAUGGACACUUUGGGGGAAGGACCCCGGGAGAUGGAGGAAGUCAUUCUGGGAAAAGAUGCAACAAAAGGUGGAGCAACAGAUGUUGAAAUAAGAGAAGAAAUUGAGCUUCACAUUCCGCCAGAAAAGAGAGAAUCUGAUGACAAAGGACAAGCAAAGGCUCCAAAUCGUAAUGUGUCUGCUGCUGAACCAGAUUUGUUCGCUUGGAAUGAUCUCGGGCAGAAGCUGCCAACAAAUCAGUACACAUCUCAGCCAAAGCAACAACACAUUUCAUCACAAACUUCUCAACUAGUCAUCCAGCCCGAAGUCAAAGGGCCACCCAUGCCCACUUAUGCCCUAGAUCCUCCACUCCCCAAUUUCCAGUCUGACAAGCAACAUGUCCAAAACGCCUACUGGUCUAAUGCAUCCACUUCAAAAUCAAAUCAUCAUGACAAUGCCCCAAAUCCAAAGCCACCACCUUCAAACUCCUUGAAACAAACACUUAAAGGUUUUAAACCCCCGGUCUUCAAUGACUCGUCUCCCACCAGACGGAAGGAAAAACGCGGUUCAACGCCAGCUUCUUCAGUGGUGGUGACGGGGGAGCAGCGAUUCCUGGAGAGUCUGCAGGCCCCUUUUGACCUUAAACUAACAGACAAGCCGGGAAACCCGAAUCUGAGGACGAUCAUCAUUGAUGGGAGCAACGUAGCAAUGAGUCACGGGUUGGGUCAUUUCUUCUCCUGUCGGGGAAUCGCCCUGGCUGUCCAGCACUUUUGGGACAGAGGCCAUCGUAACAUCAGCGCUCUGCUGCCACAGUGGAGGCAGAAGAGCGACCCCAAGAUCAAAGAGCAGCACUAUCUGACGGAGCUGCAGAAGUUGGGAGUGGUCUCCUACACGCCCUCCAGAGAGGUCCAAGGCAAGAGGAUCAGCUCGUAUGACGACAGACUAAUAUUGCAGCUAGCACAAAAGACAGACGGCGUGAUUGUAACUAACGACAACCUGAGAGACCUGUCAGAUGAGUCGCCCAAAUGGAGGGACAUCAUUAAAAAGAGACUUCUUCAGUACACAUUUGUUGGGGAUCACUUCAUGGUCCCUGACGACCCUUUGGGCAGAGGAGGACCUCACCUGGACGACUUUCUACGUUCAGAGCACAGGACUCCUGAUGCAGGAAAUCAUUCUUUUGCCGGUUCGGCCACAUCAUUCCCUUCCUUUAAACCUCCACGCUCCCAGACCGAGGUCUUGAACUUCCGUGACCGCACAUUUGGCGGUGCCCUCGAUUCAUCAACCGGAGGAAACAGGGGUAGAGGGAGAGGACACAAAAAGGGAUGGGACACGGGACACCAGCAUGGUCAGCCAGGGGCUGCACAUCCUGAAUUGGUGGUUAACAGGAGUCCGGAGGACACAGCCUACCUAAGAGAGCAGCUCGGUCAGGUUUUCCCGGGUCAGGACCACAUGGUGACACUGGUGCUGCAGUGCCACCCGGCAGAGACCGACAUCAACGUCCUGUCCGAUCUGAUCUUGGAGCAGCAAAAGGACUAGAAACUUCUCACUUUUAGAGUUUGCAUAUUUUUAGUUUCAACUUCUUGCUGAAGAUUUUUUAUUGGAUUUUAACUGAUUUACUCACACUUACUACAACGACAUAGAAAUCACACUUGUUUUUAAACUUGGAACAAGAACAGCUUUGACUUACAGGCCCCUAUUUGACCACUUUUGUCUCACAUACCUCCCCUAUAUCCUUGUUGCCUGCACUUGUGGUCUUUGUCACCAUCUUCGAAAGUCAACAAACUACUUGCAAAGAGAACAGAAGAGCCAUAAAGAUGAGAAUGAUUUGGUGGAGAAAAACAACAGAAUUAAUAACCUACUUCUCACUGUUGAUAUUAUAGAAAAUAAAUAAAUGAAUCAUGUUGAUUUUUGAUGGAUAAAUUGAUAGAUAAUCAGGAGAUUUCCUUUAUGACUCCACCACUGAGGCGGGAAUUACUCAAUUACUAUUAUAUGCCACAAUUUACAGCAUCAGAUGUUUUAGUUUUUUUUUUUGUUCAGUGCCGUUAUUUUUGAUGAAAAAACAGCAAAACCUGUGACCUGUUCUCUUCAACAGUUUAGUAAGGUAACAGCUGGAUACCUUAAUGUAUGAAGGCCGCUGGGAAUAUCAUCAUUUUCUUUAGACAUAUUAUUAAGGCUAAAUUACAAUUUACUAUUCACCUCUAGCAUUUCUGAAUACCUCAACUGACAUGUCACGACGCAUGAACUGGGGCCUCAUCCAAUAAAUUCACUUAGAAAGUUGUGAAUAUGAUUCGUCUUCAACCCAGAAAACAGAACUCCGUUUGAAGGCAGCAAUACUUGUUAGCAUGGCGAGCAUGAUGUUAGCAUGCUAAUGUUAACAUUUAGCUCAAAUAUGUCACAGCAUCAGAUCCGCUUGCAUAACUGUAGUCUAUUUGUGUUUUUAAUGUCUGUUUAAUAAUAUCUAAAUUACAGUCAGUGUAUAAUGACACCUAUCAUCCACCUUCCUCUGGUGAACAGCUGAAAUGCGGUGGUUGGGUUUGUAGCUAUGCAGUCGUUACGUGCGCGGCGCUGACUAUAGUGUGUGGUAAAUUGUUGUAUGAGUCUGUGUCCCACUAGAAACCUAUUAAAUCAAGCCUUGCAAUAAUGUGUACAAUUAAGUUUAUAUCCUUAACUUAUUUUUUUACCAGAUCUUUUGUUUUCAUUUAUAGAAGUCUUGUGCCUGGAUGAAGAAUCAAAUAAAGACCAAACAAUAACAAUAAAGUAUUUUUUCAAAGGCAAUUUUUUAGUUUACCAUUUGUGACUUCUAAUCCUAUUUGUAUUGUUCAUGUUUGUACAUUUUAAGAUUUUAUUAAAGUAUUUCCUGAU